AGAUUGUCCCAACCUCAAAGACCAUCCUCGAUAAAAAUCCGACUCAUUUCACCACCGUCAUGUACUGCGAGCAGUAGGCCCUCCAGUCCUCCCUCGUUCAUUCAAUCCAUCUAAGUCCAAGGCUGUUUGUCUCUUGGAUAUGCUAAGAGGGCCUAAAUUGUGCUGCAUAACAUUUGAAGGAAAGACGUAGUAUUUGCAGCCUUGGACUUGCAAAAUAUUAUAAUACCGGAGUAGGGACGAGUGAGAGAUUAGAUACCCAAACUCAAGCUAGGGACAAAUAGGGAAAAGAAAGACUGUUAGGUUUGUUGAAGAUGGAGUCUCUAUGGAAGCUAAUAUAUUUGCUUGAGCCAGCUUCGGUCUCUCUCAUUUUGACUGCAAUACUCGUCUCGUAUGCUUCUGCAUUUCGAGCUCUAAACUAUGGAAAGGAAAUGGAACGGAACCGUGAUUUAUCAGAAGCAUCAAUCACUCUAGACAGAUCGCAGGCGCUAAUGAUCCCCAUAAUGAGCUCUUGCAGCUUGCUUAUGAUGUUCUAUUUGUUCUCUUCCAUGGCGCAACUUCUCACGGCUUUUACUGCAAUUGCUUCAGCCACAUCACUCUACUUCUGCCUGUCACCUUACGUUGCUCAAAUUAGGUCCUCGUUUGGACUAUCCGAUCCUUACUUAUCCAAAUGUUGUUCUAAAUCAUUUACCCGGAUCCAAGUAUUCCUGACUGUGAUGUGUGUUGGCACGGUUUUAGCCUGGCUUGUCUCCGGGAAUUGGAUUUUGAACAACUUGUUGGGUAUUUCUCUUUGUAUUGCUUUUGUCAGCCAUGUCCGCCUUCCUAACAUCAAGAUAUGUGCAGUGCUCUUGGUUUGUCUGUUUGUGUAUGACAUAUUUUGGGUGUUUUUUUCUGAGAGGUUUUUUGGAGCAAAUGUGAUGGUUUCUGUGGCAACACAACAAGCUUCGAAUCCUGUACACACGGUGGCUAAUAGCUUGAGUCUUCCCGGGUUGCAGUUGAUUACAAAGAAACUUGAAUUGCCUGUCAAAAUUGUUUUUCCCAGGAAUCUGUUUGGCAGUCUAGUUCCAGGAAAUGCUGCUUCUGACUUCAUGAUGUUGGGUCUUGGAGACAUGGCAGUCCCCUCCAUGCUCUUAGCAUUGGUUCUUUGUUAUGACCAUAGAAAGGGAAGGGAGUCCGUGAAUGACUUGGUCGUGUCCCCUUCUAAGGGCGAUACAUCAUCCUCAAAAGGUUUCAAGUACAUAUGGUAUGCUCUAACUGGGUAUUCGAUUGGACUUGUUACUGCAUUGGCUGCUGGUAUCUUGACACACUCACCUCAACCAGCUCUUCUAUACUUGGUACCGUCAACCCUGGGACCCAUCAUUGUGAUUUCCUGGAUGAGAAAUGAACUAGAAGAACUGUGGGAAGGCUCAGUUUCAAAUAUGAAUGAGAAAACCCAUUUUACUGAAGUAUGAUGAUGAGCUCCAUUUCCUUCCUUCUCUGCAGAGCUCGUCUUCUUCGUGUUUGUAUUUCUCAUGUUCGUUGUGAGUUGAAUGGUGUUGAUCAUAUUUUAGCUAGACGGGCGGAUUCCAUUUC